CGACAGCCCUGGAUUACACCUGUAAAUUGUUUAUUUACAAAAGAUGUUGAAGUAUCUCAAUUGCGACUUAUAGACAAUGAACUCGUCAGGAGAACUGCAUCCAAAUUGGCUGGCCCUGACCACACUGCCGCUGCAGCUGAAGCGGUUCGUCCGGGCAGGAGAUCCGGAUAGUGGUCCCGAAUCGCAGAAAGCGGCCAAACACCAAAUAAAUGGUCUGAAUGGAGCAGAGGCGCAGGAGUUCUACAAGGAAGUUCUGGAUGCUCCUACCACCGGUCAAGUUCCAGCCCCCAGUUUUAGUAAAGCAAAGCAAACAAAGUUGGUCCCGAAGAAGCCCAAGUUGCCCUUUGAUAAGAGCAAAUUCUUCCGCGUGGCAACAAGCAACCGAGUAGAGGAGCUGUCCCAAAUGGAGAUCCUCGAGGAGGACCUGAAUUCCCGCGACUCCUUUGGCUGGACUGCCUUGAUGAUGGCUGCCUGCGAGGGAGCCAUCGAGACAGUGGCCUGGCUUCUCCAGAAAGGAGUUCAUGUAGAGACAGCAGACAAAUCCGGAAACACAGCUCUUAAGCUGGCCCAGCGAAGAGGUCACUCGGAAGUGGUGCAUCUUUUGCAAACACUACCCGUUUCUGAAGAGGGCAGCGAUGGGGAGGAGUCCGUCGAUAUCAACAGCCCAUUUUACUGCGAAAUCUGCAAAAGGGACUACAAGGAGACCCCCUGGCCAGACCAUCAAACCUCCACCGUACACCAGUUCAAUCUGAAGUCCCUGCCCGCCCAUAAACUACACAAGUUUAAUAUUUCCGCCAAGAAUCGCGGACUGCAGCUGAUGGUAAAGCAAGGCUGGGACCAGGAGCACGGACUGGGACCCAGCCAAAGUGGACGACUCUAUCCAGUGAAGACCGUGCUUCGCAAGCAACGCACUGGCUUGGGAAUCGAACAGCAACCGGCGAGGGUCACCCACUUUGGAGCCUAUGAUUUGAACGCUGUGCGAAGAAGGGAUCCCAUACAUCAGCCUAGACGCACGCGGAGCGAUAUGCAGCGGGAAAAGGUGCGGGAAUGGAAGCGGGAGCGGCAUCUGCGUAGGGAACUGAGCUGAAAUUGUGUUACAUACAAAGCCUAGGAUGAUUUUUUAGUAAUGUAUUUAUAAGGAAUUUAGUAAUUUAAAAAAAAAUUAUAAUGGUAAAAUUGAAAA